GGUUUCAUGCCAAGAAAGAGUACAACAGAUGCAAUAUUUGCUUUGAGGAUGUUGAUAGAAAAUUACAGAGGUCAGAAGGACCUGCAUUGUGUCUGUAGAUCUGGAGAAAGCUUAUGACAGGGUGCCCAGAGAGGAACUGUGGUUCUGUAUGAGGAAUUCUGGAGUGGCAGAGAAGUAUGUUAGAGUAGCACAGGACAUGUAUGAGGACUGUAAGACAGUGGUGAGGUGUGCUGUAGGUGUGACAGAGGAGUUCAAGGUGGAGGUGGGACUACAUCAGGGAUCAGCUCUGAGCCCCUUCUUGUUUGCUAUGGUGAUGGACAGAAUGACAGGUGAGGUUAGACAGGAGUCUCUAUGGACUAUGAUGUUUGGAGAUGACAUUGUGAUCUGUAGUGAGAGCAGGGAACAGGUGGAGGAGAAGCUAGAGGCAUGGAGGUUUGCCCUGGAAAGGAGAGGGAUGAAGGUUAGCCGCAGCAAGACAGAGUAUCUGUGUGUGAAUGAGAGGGACCCAAGUGGAAGAGUGAGGUUACAGGGAGAAGAGAUCAAGAAGGUAGAGGAUUUUAAGUACUUAGGGUCAACAGUCCAGAGCAAUGGAGAGUGUGGAAAAGAGGUGAAGAAGCGUGUACAGGCAGGCUGGAACGGCUGGAGAAAAGUGUCAGGUGUGAUGUGUGAUAGAAGAGUUUCAGCUAAAAUGAAAGGAAAGGUUUACAAAACUGUGGUGAGACCAGCCAUGUUGUUUGGUCUGGAGACAGUGUCCCUGAGGAAAAGACAAGAGGCAGAGCUGGAGGUAGCAGAACUGAAGAUGCUGAGGUUCUCUUUGGGAGUGACCAGGAUGGAUAGGAUCAGGAAUGAGUACAUCAGAGGGACAGCACAUGUUAGAGGUUUUGGAGAUAAAAUCAGAGAGGCCAGACUGAGAUGGUUCGGACAUGUCCAGAGGAGAGAGAGUGAAUAUAUUGGUAGAAGGAUGCUGAGUUUCCCACUGCCAGGCAGGAGGCCUAGAGGAAAACCAAAGAGGAAGUUUAUGGAUGUGGUUAAAGAGGACAUGAAGGUAGUUGGUGUGAGAUGCAGCAGACAGGUUUAGAUGGAGGCAACUGAUUCACUGUGGCGACCCCUGAAGGGAAAAGCUGAAAGGAAAAGAAGAAGAAUAGCGACUUUCCUUACUGAGGAGUUGGCAACAGUGGGAAAAUGAUAAACAGUCAUCCACAGCUGUCAGGACUAUCUUUUAGCAAGUGACACUGCUGCUGGGGAUUUUUUUGAGGAGGAAGACGACCAGGAGAUGGUGAUGGUGGCCUCACAGGCUGAGGAACAACUUCCUCGAGAGAAAUGGCGCUUAUCAAGUGUCAAGCUACAUUUACUCUUUGAGUGCACUUCAUCAAAGCAAAAAGGGAACUUAAAG